AUGUUAUCAAGUCUGCCAUUAUUAUUGAUCAUUUUAUUCUUAUUCAACAUUGACUUUUUAUCAGCAACAUGUAAAGCAAAUGUCUGGCAUUAUUAUCCGUGUAGUUAUACAAUAUCAAGUUCAAAUUCAUGUAUGAAUUCAAUGUUUACUACUGUACUUGAAUCCAACGAUUGUCUUGAACAAGAUUAUUUUUGGAGUUAUCCUAUAGGAAACAUAACCAUGACAAUAAAAUUAAAUAAAUCAUUUAUAGUUAAUUUAAAAAAUCCACUACGAUUUAUGAAAAAUGUUUAUCGUGUUGACGAUGAUGGUAUGGAUACGAGUAUGACAACAAGUGAUCCAAUUAUUUAUUUGAAAUCUGACAAUAAUUAUCGAGUUAGAAUCAAAUUUCAAGGACCAGACAGGAUAUAUUAUUAUGGUACAUUUAUUCAUUAUUCGUUAAAAUUUGACUAA